CCAAACUCUCGGCCUCUCUAUCAAUCUCUGAGAGAGUGAGAGAGGAGUAAAGCGAACGCCAAGGCCAACUCUUCCACCAGACGCGACACUCCGUUAGGAGUCGAUCCCACUUUCUACGUCGACCGCCGCACCCACCCCCGCGUCCAUCCAUCGCUAUAAGACCCCACCGUCGUGGCCAUUGCCCCUCGUCGGUAUCCCACGUCGGUCGAGUUUGGAGAUCCUCGGAGGCGCCGGUGACGUGCGUUCUUGGAGUUGAUGCGAUCCUAGUGCCUCCGGCCGCUGCUUGAAGCUCUUCAUCGGGUCUUCGGAACUCUUCCGGCGCUCGAUUAUCCCGCAUUGUGGAUAUCCGUGACGAGUCGGUUGAAUCCGUGCUUUUCUUGUUAAGGGUUUUGGUUACGGAGCGGAUCAUCCGGUGGAUAUUUGGGUCGGGUAGAUGUUGGUCGCGCUUCGAUCUUGAUGUGGCCUAUAAGAUGGGUUCGAGGGUUGGGGAUUGCGGGGAAGGUGAGCUGCAGAAGGAGCUGAUAAAGGAGAUGCUUUGCUGUGUCGAAUGAUGAACUCCGAUACUCCUCUCGAUUACGCCGUGUUCCAGCUCUCCCCCAGGCGGUCACGGUGUGAGUUGUUCGUCUCGGGAAAUGGGAAGACCGAGAAGCUUGCAUCUGGUUUCUUGAAGCCAUUCAUUGCUCAUUUGAAGGUCGCGGAAGACCAGGCUGCUCAGGCAGGCAACUCAAUAAAGCUUGAGGUUGAGAGAGCGAAAAAUAGCAGCUCAUGGUUCAAAAAAGGAACUCUUGAAAGGUUUGUUCGGUUUGUCAGUACACCAGAUGUGUUGGAAUCAGCCAAUACAUAUGAUGCAGAGAUGGCACAGUUGGAAGGGGCCAGGAGAAUAUAUUCACAGGGUGCUAGAGAUCCGCUUUCUGGGACAUUGGGUGAAGAUGACACAGCUACUGAAGCAGCUGUGGAUACAACAAAAAAGGAGCUUAUAAGAGCCAUUGAUGUGCAGCUUAUCACUCUUAAGCAAGAUCUGGCCACAGCUUGUAGUCAUGCAUGCUCUUCUGGAUUUUCUGUUGAAAAUGUCUUGGACCUUCUAUUCUUUUCUGAAUAUUUUGGUGCGAAUCGUCUCAACGAGGCAUGCAACAAUUUCAUUUCGCUUUGUCAAAGGUGCCCUGAACUUAUUGAUCACCACCAGCAGUCACAAUCUCUGCCUCCACAUUUGAAAAAUCUUGACAACGGGAAUGUUAGAUCCUCCUCAAGCUCAGACAUGUCAAUAGAUGAACCAGUAAUAGAGCACAUUGGUGCUGGUAUACCACCUGAUGGUGGUGGUCUUCAGGUUGACAUGCCUAGUAUUAGUCAACCGUCACUGCUGAAUACAACAAAGUUAUCAGGCACAUCUCAGCAGGUCAAGCUCAAUGGGCAGCACUUAAAAGGGGCAGUAUUGGAGAAUAUUCCUUCAUCAGCCAAUUUUCCAGCUCAGCAAGACGGAGGGAAUUUUAGGCAACUUAGUGUGAAGGACCGGAUCAACCUCUUUGAAAGCAAACAGAAAGAACAAUCAGCAAGUUCUAGAAAUAUCAGCACAGAAGGUGUUGUUAAAAGGGUAGUAUCAGGUAAAGGGGAGCAUAGGAGGCUCUCUUCUGAUGUUUCAGAGAAGUCAGUAUUGAGAAGGUGGAGUAGUGCCAGUGACAUGAGCAUUGACCUUAGCAGCAGCAACUGUAAAAGUUGUAAUGACCAGACAGAAAGUGGGAGUACUGCUGGAACUCCUACAUCUGUCAAUUUGCAGCUUCAGUCAAGAAAUAAAACUGAAGAGACUGAUGCUACUGGUUUUACCAUGACAUCACAAUGCUGGUUGGAUCUUAAAGAAAGCACCACAGGAACUUCUGCUUCUUCUUUGUCAUUGUCACAGUCACAGUACAAAGGUUUUCAAGGUGAUAGAGAUUGUACUGAGGAUGAAAGCAUCAAGUCCUCGACAACUAAGAACAGACCAGUCUUGGAGAAGGGGCAGGGCACAUGUGACCUGAGUACUUCUGCCAGCAGGAUGGAGUACUGUGGAUUGGGUGAUCAAGAUGCCUUUUGGGCCAAUGCAAAAGGUUUUUCAGCUGGAAAUAGUGCUAGCUCAAAAGAUUUUGCAGCAUAUCACAUCCAAUCAAAAGCAGAGGAUCAUUUGCAAAUUGAAGACCGGGCAACUUUGCCAGACAUAUCAAAAGCUUCAUCAGCUGUGACUGAGCAGGUUAGAUGGAAAUAUCGAGAAGGACUGCAAUCCCAAACUAGGGAGGCUCCUUAUGGAGCAGAUGCUGUUGGGUUAAAGGAUCAAACAAAGGUAGCUAACCAAUUACAAACAUUUGGGAGAACAGUAGAUCCUGUCGGGAAUACAAAAGGUUGGUCACAUUCCCAGGUUCAGUUUGAAGAUUUAUCAGUUUUGUCUUCAGAGGUUAAUCUUUUGGCUUCGCAAUCUCAGGGAAAAACAUUUCCUGUUGACAUAGAGGAAGCAGGUGGAAGAAAUGCAGCCGCCUCUUCUGCAACUUCUGGCUCUUCUCUACUUGUAACAAAUGAUGGUAUCAAUCACCAGGGAAUACACUGGCAUCAAUCAUCUGCUUAUGAGAGAGGUGCAGAUGAAAUAGCUGAUACUGAAAUAAACCACAUGUCUGCUUUUCCUGUAAGGAAGACCAAGGAAAAGAUGGAUAUAGUUGAACCACCUUCUGCACAUUUGAUGGAGCAGAAUCAGGUGGUGAGGUCAUCAAAAGGAAUUCAAGCGUUAAAUGAUGAAUUACGUACCAAGGCUAAUGACUUGGAAAAACUUUUCACUGAACAUAAGCUUAGAACUGUCACUGAGCAAACAGCUUCCUCUCGAAGAAGCAGACCUCUGGAUGUCCAGGAGGAUCGUGUUCCCGUGGUUGUUGAGAAAAGAAAUGCAGUGACACUUUUUGAUCAGUUGCCUGAGAACCCUCUGAGGGAGACUUCUAAGUAUGAUGUAGACUUUGAUGCCAAUUUCCUGUUGAAAAUGGUAGGCAACGUGGAAUAUGGUAAUAAUACAAAUCAAAAGCUUAGUACACAAAGUUCAUCAGAUGAUUUCAGAGGAAAAUUGUACUAUAAAUACAUGCAAAAACGGGAUGCAAAACUAAGGGAAGAGUGGGGAACAAAAAGUGCUCUGAAGGAAGCAAAAAUGAAGGCAAUGCGUGACAGCCUAGAAUGUAGUCAAGCUGUGAUGAAUUCCAGAUAUUCAGGAUCUGCUGAUAGACAGAGUACAAGCUACACUAGUCGCCGUGCAGAAAAGCUGAGAUUUUUUAGCAAUUGUUUAAGAAGUAAAAACCAGGCAAUUGAGUCUGUUGAGGAAAUGAAAGAUCCGGAGGAACCAUGUGAACAAUUUGGUCAUGGUCAAAAUACAUCCCACAAUGAUCCCUUUGAUGAUAAUUCUUCUAAAGAUACUAACUCUGUAAAGCUUCCAUCUAAGAAAACUUUGUCUUCUUCCACCCUGCAGACCAUAGAAACUUCAGUGCCAAAGCUUUCUGUAAAAUCUACCAAAUCAGUUUCCGUAAAACACAGAAGUCAAACUGAAAAUCCUCUUGCUGAAAUGCUCCCUGACUUCUCUGACUUCAGAAAGGAAAAUGCAAAACCAUCUGCAGCAAAUAACAGGGUAAAUUCACGAGAGAAAACAAAGAUACUUUCUCGAAGCAAGAACAUAAUUGCGGAGACUAAACUUGUCAAGGAAGAGAAGCCACAUAGGUCUCAGUCCAUGAGAAAAAGUACCGCUGGUCCUGGUGAAUUCAAGAGCCUUUCUCCUCUCAAUUCUGGUAGCACUGAUUUCACACCCUUAGAUUUUUCCAAGGGACAAAUGGAUGCCAAUUUUAUGAACAAAGUGCAGAAGAGUGGGGAGUUCAGAGCAAUCCUCAGGAAAGAGAAAGGUACAGUUCCUGGUUUAGGAGCCAAUAUAUAUAAACCUAAAGCUUCUAAGGUCUCUGAGGUGAAUAAGAAUGGAGAGGAUUCUAAGGAUAUAUUUCAUAGAGAGGACUCACCUGGCCUAGUUAAAGAUGUAAUGGAGGUGGAAAAAUCGUCUGCCGAAGGAAAUGCUGAGGCUGCAGAUUUUCCUGUUGACUCAGAUAGCGAAAAUCCAAGAUACAUUGAAGAAUAUGAAGGCAAUGAUGAUUUUGGAUCAAAAAAUGAUGCUAAAAAAUCUCUAUUCCAAGAAGCUUUCGACACAGUUCCUGUUUCUCCUGAGUUUAGUAUUUCUUCAGAAAAUGUACAAGAGUCAUCAGGUCCUCAGUCAUGGAACCCAUGCCUCCAUUUAUCUUAUUUAUAUGAGGUAUCGGAUAUUGAUGCUUCUGUAGAUUCACCUGUAGGAAGUCCAGCAUCAUGGAAUUUAUACCCGCUGAACCAAAUAAUGGAGGCAGAUGUUUCUCGAAUGAGAAAAAAAUGGGGAACUGCUCUAAUGCCUAUGAUUGUUGCUAACACAUCCCAACAGUCACACAUGGAUGCCACAAAAGGGUUUAAACGAAUAUUGAAAUUUGGGAGGAAAAGUAGGGGUAUGGACAAUCUAGUCACUGAUUGGGUGUCUGCUUCAACAGCUUCCGAAGGUGAUGAUGACACAGAAGAUGGUUGUGAUUUAGCAGCCCGGCCUAUGGAUGACCUGAGGAAGUCGAGAAUGGGCUACUCACUUCCUUAUGAUGUGUUCAAUGGUGGAUAAAUCUUUCCUGAAAAAGUUCAAUCAUUUUGCCACUUCAUUCCAAACCGUUCUGUAGACUUCAAAUUGAGAGAGGAUCAUCAAACUGGAAGCUCCCUGAAAGCACCACACUCUUUCUUCUCUCUAUCUUCAUUGCGGAGCAAGGAACUCAAGCCUCGGUGAUACUGGGUAACCUAGUAGCUUAUGGCUUCAGUACAUCUUGCAAUUUUUCUAUAAACGCAAUGUGGUUUCUUUGUUGUGUUAUAUGUUAUCCUUCCCUUCCCACUUUGUUCUUCAGUCGUGAUGUUUUGUUGUAGAAUUGGAUGUCUAGAAUCUGCUAGGAUAACUUGCCAAUUGGCACGGCGAUGUUGUUUGGCCUGAGGUGUCAUCCUUUUUCCACUUGUAGCAU